AUGGCAUUUGGGGCUUAUAAGAAGUUCCCUAGUAGAGAGGAUUCCUCUUCAUCUGGUUAUAAAUUUUAUGAAAAUAUGGAAGAAAAUCCUUUCUAUACCAUAAAUGCAGAAGAUAAUAAGGACAACCAUGAUGAAACCCUAACUGCUAAGGAACAGGAGGAAAGGCAGUGGGAUGUAGUCAUACUUAAAAUGGAUGACUUAAAUGGAGAUGAAUCCAAAAUGGCAAAGCCUCUUAAAAGACAACCAGACUGGGUAUUAGGUAACAAUGGUAAUAAUGGGAAUAAUGGCAACAAUGGUAAUGGAAACAAUGGAAAUGGAAAUAACAAUAAUCAAAAUGGUGGUGGAGGCAACAAUGGAAACAACGGUAACAAUAGAGGAAAUGGAAACUAUCAAAAUAACAACUAUGGUUGCAGACCAUAUAUGACCAUUGAAAGGUAUAAACAGUUGGAUUUCAAUGGGAUAGUUGGAUAUCCAAAUCAGAUUUCAAGUAAUUUAAGCAAGACUCACUAUGAGAUUUUAUCUCAUAGGCCUACCACCUUGCAACAAGAAUUUAAGACAACCACUACCAUUGAAAAUAACAGAAAAGUUGUUGGGAGAAUUGGCAAGAGAGAUGAUGCAAAACUAUAUAAUCUCGGAGCUACAAAGAAGGAUGAGCUUAGCCAAAUCAUGGACAUGCUGAAAAACGUGAAGGGUAAGAAAAACCACAAUGAGAAGUCGCCUCCAUAUAGAAGCAACAAUCCAAUGAAUUACAAUAGUCCAAGAUUGCACGACAUGCCAUAUAACACAAACUGGAGAGACGGUAAGCUAGUGAAGCUCAAUCUAAACAAGGAAACUCCAGAUCCAUUGAAAAAAGAAAACAAUUUUGUGGAGGAAUAUCCAUGGUGUGAAGUCUGCAAUCUAACCCAUGUUGCAGAACAAUGUAUGAUCGCUUAA